GCAAGUCGCAACUCGCAAUUACUCAAGCCUUCUCUUGUCGUGCUUUCGUUCCAUUUUAGGGUUAAAGAGAGCCUUUAGCUUUGUUCUCUGACAUCUUUGUUUCAUUGCUUUCUUUCCUUUUUAGGAUUAAGGGAGCCUUCCACCGGCCACCGCCUAGGGCCUUUGGAUAGUGGAUUCGGUUUUCUCUAUCUGGGUUGUUCUGACCUUUCUGUUGAUCCUUUUGAUCUGCUUAUCUCCCUUUCUCUUCUGCACACGACAGAGUUCCGGGCUUUUGCGCCCUGUAGCCGUUGAAAUCCAUGAUCAUCGGCGCUCAAUGGAUCCAUCUUUAGUCCAAUCCACUCCUUCAAUCGAAGAAGAUGAGUGGGAUACUGAUGGGUUCGUGAUCCCAAGCCUGGACAUAGGAGACUCAGAACAAAACAAGGAAGAUGUUCAGAAACUGAGGGACUUGAAACCUGCAGCUCCAAAGGCCAAAAAGGAAGAGGAGAAGAUAUACUUGGGUCCUCACGGGGCUCCUCCUUCGCAAGUAAAGCAGCAGGAGCUGAACGUGACUGGCCGGAAGCAGCGGUUCAAGCAGAAGCUGAAAGAAGCGGAUAGGAAGUUCAUAGGAACAGGGCGUGAUAAUAAGGUGGAUACUCUGCGAGAGCUCGUCGGCAGUGGCAAAGCAGGUGGUACCAUGUCCAAGGGUUCUCCUCGGGAUUGGCUUGACCCACAUUGUCAUGAGUCUCAAUUCGAGAGGUAUUCUCAGUAGGUACUCUGCUCUAGUAGCUUAAGAUAACUUCGGCUUUCUGGGUCUCUCUCUCUCUCUCUCUCUCGCUCUCCCAGCAGUCCAGCACAAACUGUAGGGGUUACGGAGGUAUUCUCAAUAGGUAGUCUGUUCUAUAGUAGCUUAAGAUAAAUUUGAUUUCCUGGGUCUCUCUCUCUCUCUUUCACAGUACAAACUGUAGCGGUUAUGUAUCUUGGUUUCGUGGUCUGGUUAUUUAGAGAUAAUACAAUUAUUGUCUAUUUAUCUAAGAACCAAUACCGCCUGCUUGGUAUC